UCUCACUCUCAGCGUGCCAGUGGAAACUCGAGAGUCGAGACCCUCUAGGAAGGAGGAGCCGUUGGUGGAACUCGGGUUUCAUAUUUUUUUGGAGGUCAAAAGAAAUUAAGAAACCCAUAUGAGAAGGGAGAAAACAAAAGAUUUGGAGUUUGAAGCAAGGAGAGAGAAGAAAAAGCUCAAGCAGAAAAGGAAGAAGGAUGAACCCGAUAGAAAUUCCUCUUUGAUUGAAGUCUCUGAGGAAAAAAUGCAUAUGAUAGUUCAGGUGCAGAAGUUUGACAAGAAUGGUGGAAUUGAUGAGAAAAGUGGAGAAGGGGCCAACAAGAAAAAGAAAAGGAAGAGGAGAAUGGAGGAGGCUGAUAGUGAACUAAAAUCAAACCUGACUAAUGAUCAGGAGCCCGAAGAUGAUUGUGAGAAAUCCAACGGGAAAAUCACGGAAGAAGUUAACUUUGCAGAUAAUGAAAAGAAGAGGAAAUUCUUUGAGGAUGACAAAAUGGGUGAGGCAGCUAAGAGAUUUCAAUGCUCUGAAGACAGCGACGUUGACAACAAUGGAGAAGGGGAUAAAAAGAAAAUGAAGAAGAAAGAGAAGAGAGAAAAGGUAGAUGGUGAAUGGGUACAGAAGAUCAUAACUGAUGGAAAGGAGGCUGGAGUAGAAAGUGAGCACUCAGAUGGGAAAAUUAUGGAGAAGGGUGGAUUCAUGAAGAAAGAGAAAAGAAACCAUAGAAAGAAGUCAGGAAGUCAAAUGCGGGAAACUGUGGUUGAGAAACUGGGCACAGAAAGCAGUAGAAUUGAAGGAAAUAAUUUCUUAGAGAAUGACGGUAAUGUACAGACAACUGGAGAUGAGACAAGCAACAGUAACAUAGAGGUUGUGUAUGUAGAAGACAGUAAUAAAAGGAAGAAGAGGGCCACGUCAAAGAAACAUGUUAAUGUAGGGGAUUGCAACGAAGAUGAAAAGGAAAUAAACAAGUCAGAUAAAGGAAGUCUAAAAACCCCAAAAAAUAUUAGGGCUCCCGAUCUUUCUGAAAAUUCUACACCUAGAAAACCAUCAAAAAGAGUGAGUUUUUCUGAUGAUGUGCAGGUUGUGUAUGUAGAAGACAGUAAUAAAAGGAAGAAGAGGGCCAAGUCAAAGAAACAUGUCAAUGUAGGGGACUGCAAUGAAGACAAAAAGGAAAUAGCCAAGUCAGAUGAAGGAAGUCUAAAAGCCCAAAAAAAUGUUAGGGCUCCAAAUCUUUCUGAAAAAUCUACACCUAGAAAACCAUCAAAAAGAGUAAGUUUUUCUGAUGAUGUGCAGGUCUUUCCCCAAUGUGAUGCCCCAAAAGAUGCAGAAAAUGGCUUAGUACAAGGUAAGCGGUUUUCAGAAGAAGAAGACAAGCUUGUAAAAGAGGCUGUUUUAACAUACAUAGAGGAACAUCGCUUAGGUGAUGAAGGCAUCGACAAGGUACUCAAUUGUAGAUCCAAUCCCCAAGUCAAAAAUUGUUGGAAGGAUAUUGGGGCAGCCUUACCCUGGAGGCCUUCUAAGAGCAUAUAUUAUCGAGCUCAUAUUUUAUUUGAACAAGGAAAGGAACGUAAUUGGACCCCCGAAGAGUAUGAAGAAGUAAGACGUGCCGCCAUGGAAUCUAAGGAUAAAGGUGAAGCCAAACCCAAUUGGAGAAAGGUGGGUAAUGAACUGGGCAAACAUAGAAUUCAUGUCAAGGAUGCAUGGCGUAGAAUCAAACUGCCAAACAUGAAGAAAGGACAUUGGUCCCAAGAGGAGUACAAGACUUUAUUUGAUUUAGUGAAUAAGGAUCUGCAGAUGAGGACGUUGGAAGAAAAGAAAUCCAAGCAUGGCAUGCUGCGAGAUAAUAUCAAGUGGGAGUCAAUUAGUGAGACUUUAGGCACCAGAACGAAUCCCGCUUGCUGCCAGAAGUGGUAUUACCAAUUAACAUCACCUUUGGUAGCUGAAGGUGUGUGGGCUGAUGCUGAUGACUAUGGCCUACUUUAUGCUCUUGAUAGCUUGGAUGCUUGUUGCAUGGAAGACGUUGAUUGGGAUAAUGUUCUUGAGCAAAGGUCUGGAGAUGUUUGUCGUAAGCGAUGGAAUCAAAUGGUCAAACACAUUGGUCAGUAUGGGACUAAGUCCUUUGCUGAAAAAGUUGAAAUUUUGUCGAAACGUUAUUGUGCUGAUGCACUUGAAGCAAGAGCAGUCUUCGAUAGUAAGCCUGCAGUUGACUCAGGUUUAUUUGGCAUCAAAGUAGCGGAUGUACUUGGAACAAGGGAGGAGGCUCUAUUAUAGUAGCAAACCUGUAGUUGAGUGAUGAGGUGUAUUUGGUAUCAAGCUGGCUGUCUUUUCUUCUUUUGAUUUUUCCUUUUUCCUUUUUACGUUUUGUAUGAAAGAUGAAAGGUUAGUGUUGAAGAACAGAUCUUCUGUUUUUUUACUUUUCUCCCAGCCGUCGGUUCUUUCUUCUUUCUCUCCAUCUCCGUCUUCCUUGGCUUCUUCUUUUCUUCUCUCCAUCUUUUUCUUCUUCCUCCCUAUACACCAAGCCGCGAAGCCCACAGCCGCCUGUCUGUCUCAUCCUCUGCCAACAAAGUCAGUUUCAUUAAAUAAUUGUGAAAUCCCACACCACUUGUAAUUAUUCAAGCUUGUCUCAAAUAAAAGAUAUAUGUUCAUG